CCGGCCCGCCCCAGCCCCUCGCCCCAGCGCCGGCCCAGGCUUCCCCUCCGCAGGCGGGGCCCCCCGAGCCAGAGGACGGAGCAGCCGGCUCUUCUGCUCCGGAAGGCCUGCUGGGUCUAGGCUGAGCCCGGCAUGGAGAUGGAGAACCAUACUGUGGCUGCGGCGACGAACUCCUGCACCUUUCAUGAGGAGUUCAAGCAGAUCCUGCUGCCCCUGGUCUACUCUGUGGUCUUUGUGGUGGGGCUCCCCCUGAACUUCAUCGUCAUUGUGCAGAUCUGGCUCUCCAGGAAGGUGCUGACCCGCACUGCCAUCUACAUGCUGAACCUGGCCACGGCCGACCUGCUGUACGUGUGCUCCCUGCCGCUGCUCAUCUACAACUACACGCAGAAGGACUACUGGCCCUUUGGGGACUUCACCUGCAGGUUCGUCCGCUUCCAGUUCUACAGCAACCUGCAUGGCAGCAUCCUGUUCCUCACCUGCAUCAGCGUCCAGCGCUACCUGGGCAUCUGCCACCCUCUGUCAUCCUGGCACAAGAAGAGGGGCAAGAGGUUUACCUGGAUGGUGUGCGGCGGGGUAUGGGUCAUCGUCAUCGCCCAGUGCCUGCCCACCUUCGUCUUUGCCUCCACGGGCAUCCAGAGGAAUAGGACCGUAUGCUACGACCUCAGCCCCCCGGACCGCUCCGCCAGCUACUUCCCCUACGGCAUGACGCUGACAGUCACGGGGUUCCUCAUCCCCUUCGUCUUCAUCCUGGUGUGCUACUGCUGCAUGACCAAGAUCCUCUGCCAGAAGGACGAGAUGAUAGGCCUGGCCGUGCGCAAGAAGAAGGACAAGGCCAUCCGGAUGAUCAUCAUUGUAGUCAUCGUCUUCGCCAUCAGCUUCUUCCCCUUCCACCUGACCAAGACCAUCUACCUGAUCAUCCGCUCCUUGGCGGGCGUGCCCUGCCUGGUCUUGCAAACCUUUGCCAUCGCCUACAAGUGCACUAGGCCCUUUGCCAGCAUGAACAGCGUCCUGGACCCCAUCCUCUUCUACUUCACCCAGCGCAAGUUCCGGGAGAGCACACGCCACCUGCUGGAAAAAGUGAGCUCCAAGUGGAGACACGACACAUGCCGCACCUACAAGUCGUAGGCUCCGGGGAAAGAAGAAUGAGGGGGGCCUGUUCUGCUGCGCGGAAGCAGAGGACUGAACGGCUGUGGCUUUAUUGCAGCCAGCCCUGCUUUACCCAGCAACAGAGAGAGAGAGAGCAGGAGGCAAGGACUGAUGGUCCUGAGCAUAGAGCUGGGAGCCAGGAGCUUCUGAGUUUACUCCCAGUUCUGGCCAUGGGUGGGUCACUGGGCCUCUCUGGGCCUCUGUUUACCCAUCUGCAGGAUGGAGAACAAUAUUCUGUAAAUAACAGGUAAAAUGAUGCUGACCUACCACACCUUGGUCAGGGCCUGGAAAGUGCUUUGAGGCUGGACCAUGCUAAGAACAGUUUAUCCUUAAAAUUCCAGCAAAUGGCCUGAGCUGGGAGAGGUUCCAGAACAGCUGGAAAGAGGGAAGUGAAAAUAAUUGGGAGCAGGUUUUGGGGCUGGGCUAGGUGGUGUCCGAACGCAGUAUUAGAACGGCUACUGUGGUGCACCGCAGCUGUCACCUUUGAGGAGGAGCGGGGCUUUUUGCGGAUCUGCUGCUCGCUCUGUGGAUUUCAGCAGGACCGCUGAGGGACUGGCGGUCCUUGCCACAGAUAUCUGACUGGCAAAGCCCUAGCAACCGCGCGUGGGGUUUUGUGGGGAAUUGUGCUUCUGACGCUGAUUACAGUGGGCUCCACUCCGCGCCACUGGAGUUGCAGCACACCUGGGUUUGUCCCAACGUGUUUCAUUCAGAAUGAAGUUUCCAGUAGAUUUGGGAAAUCAGUUAUUAGCAAGUAGUUCAGUGCUUCCUCUGGUUUACAACUACCUAGAUUUGGUGGACAAAAAUCUCUCCUCCAUGUCAGUUCCCUAGAGAGGAGAUCACCUCUGAGAACUAGCCGGUCGGGAAUAGGGGAAUCAACUGCUACUUGCCAGUGCACAAAUUACUGGGAUCUGGUCAUCUUAUCCACCAGCCAGUGUUUUUUCACUGCUUUGCCACAGUAACUCAGCUGAGUUUCCCAAGCAGAAAGCUGCUUUACUAAUGCAAGGAAAACCUACACUGGGAAUUUAGAGACGACAAUAGGUCUCUUGGGACCACAUGAGUCUACAAAAGGAUUGAUCCACAUGGGAGGGCAGGAAAAGGGAAAUCUAGCGAGUACAUCUACAGUAUUAUUGGCUGUUAACAAUGAGGACACAAUCAUUAAGCUAACCUGACUACAACAGUCUGAUUCAAUUUUAUCUAGGUCGUCUUACAACUCUCAUCACCGUAAUAUCUGAGCACCUUACAAUGCGAUCUUCCUGGUUUCUACUGCUUAAAGAUUCAUAAGUUGCCUGACUGGAUCUAAUAGGGCUCGGGUGUAUUUUUAUUUUGUUUUAUUUUAUUUUAUUUUUGGGCACCCUCAUUAUAAAAGAAUUCUCACAUCAUCUCCAGCAUUUUGAGCGAAGAUCUAGUUCAUGGGCAAUUUAAUCUUGUGGGGUUUUUUAAAAAAGGAACUAGACACCAGAAUAUUUUUAAAGAAUUUCUAAUAUAGCUGCAGUGGUUUUAUGAUACGCUGGUUUAGUGUGUAUGAGCAUAUCUCCCUCUAGUGGCAGAUCCUAGAUAUAAGACUGCUAUUUAAUUUCGCUCAUGCAAUAGAGACCCGUGUUUUUGAAUAUCACAGGUUCAGUCCCCACUGGAGUUAGCAUCUGCAUGGCUACAUCUCAUGACAGGCUGCACUGGGCUUUUUAAGCAAAUCAACUCUGUUGUGACACAUCACUGAAUAACAUUUAAUUUAGGGGUGGGAGUGGAAGAAAUGAUUGGAAUGAUUGUCAAUGCUUACGCCUGAGAUGGUUCUUGAUUAGCAGCAGAAACUAACCAGUGAGUAUGGACAGGGUAUGAAAUAAGAAUUGAAGAAUUUAACUGAACAAAGGUGGAGUCAACAUACUGGGCCAAAGCUAGCCCUGGGGUAAUCUAGCACACCGCAGAUAAAAUCACUUUGAAGUUUGUGGAGUUGCAUCUGCUGACAGUGGGGGUGAAUUUGAUGCAGUGGGGAAGUGUAGGUGCUGUAUCUUCCCGUGCUGGGUGCAUCUGAAAUCAGCGUUGAGACAAGUAGCCAGACCUCUCCUAGGCACUACUCUGAGCAGUGAGGUGGCAUCUGUCGACCAGCACUGUCACGUCAUAGCCACUCGUGACAUUUGUCCUCUGAGCUGUUUACGGGACGUCUGCCACAUUGGCCUAUAUACCAGGGAUUGAUCCAGGGAUCUCCAGAGCUAAAAGCACAAGCACUUACACCAUGAGCUAAGGAACCUAGCCCCUCUUGUGGGCAGCUGUAACAGCGUCUAUCGCUGCGGGUGAGCACAGCAGCGGACCAGAUAUACCCGCACCAGUGGAUGACACUUACGCCACACCUGGUGGACUUGUGUCCACACAGCAGCUAUGUUCCCAACACAGCCACACUCUGCUUCAUUUAACCUGACUUCUACUGAUACCAUUUGCUUUUCCCUGUCUCAGUGCACCAGAUGUGCUCAUCUUCCUCUCUACCCCGACCUACCCCUCCUCUUCUCCAACCAACCACUCCCAUGGGCCGGGGGUAAUGGAGGCUGGGGGACGCAAACUUCUGCUAAUGCUCCCCACUGCAGCCCUGGGCCUGGGCCAUUGCAGGGCUCAGAGCUCCUCUGGGGAGCCUGGGCUAAGGAUUCAGCCCAGGCCAGCUGCGGCUCAGAGCUCCUCCAGACUGCUCCAGGCUCCAGCAGGCUGUCUGGGGCUCAGGGCUGUGCGAGCGGGCCGGCCAGUGAGAGCAGGGUGGCGGAAGGGGCCUCAGGCAAAAGGGGAGGAGGGGGCAGGGCCUUGGGCAGAAGAGGCAGGGCAGGGGGCUAGCCUCCCCAAACGGGAGUUCACGUGCCGCCCAUGGCCAGUCCCUUCCAGGCCUCACACCUCUCCCAGUCUCAUCCCCCCGGCAGCUCCAUCUCUCUCUCCAACCAUAGAAUCCCAGAAGUGUAGGACCGGAAGAUGACCGUGGAUGUUUUGAGAGGUCAUCUAGUCCUGUCCCCUGCACUCAAGGAGGGACGAAGUAAUAACUCGACCAUUCCUGACAGGUGUUUGUCUGACCUGCCCUUAAAGCCUUCCAGUGAUGGUGCUUCCACAACCAUUGCCAUGAGCAGCACUCUAGUCAUUUGCACUGAAGAAUAAUCCCACUUCCCCGACAGGAGCUUCUUUCCCAUGAAGCUUUGCACAUAGCUCAUUUGCAUAAUACUCUUCACUGUAGUCCUUUGUGACAAAGGCUGUGUCGCCAUCUGUGUUUGUACAGCACCUCUCACAGUGGGGCCCCGAAUGAGACUUUGGGGGACUUCCGAAAUCCAAAUGAAUAGUAUAAUGUGAAUCCACCCCGACCGCACUGUACCAGUGCAUUGUGGGAAAACUAUCCCAUAGUGCCUCAGUAGGCGAUAGCGUGCCCAGACUGGCACCAGCAGCAUGUGCAGCAAUGCCUUCUGGGAUGUCCUACCACACACACAGCUGGGAGGGAGCAGGCCGGGCCAAGCCAGUGAUGCAAGCCUGGUGUGGGGGUACCGUGGACACUGCAAAGGUAACAUUGUGCCAAAGCAGUUCUAGGAAAGCAUCCACGGGCUGGACUAGGGUUCAGGUAGCGAUGGAACUGCUGCCAUGGUUGCUAACCAAGUGUUAGCGGUGGAGGCAAGCCAACCAGGCCACUGCCUGGUUACAGAUGCAACUAGAAGUUGUACUAUGGACGUUGUAAGGUCGAAGGCAAAGCAUCCACUGAGCCAACAGGUGACACGUGCCCUCAUCCACACACACAAAUCCCGCAGGGUGUCCAUCGCUGGAACUCUUAGCCAUUCACUGGACACUACGGCUGCAAACGCUAGAUCUGAACUACCAGUUCUUGCCCACCUAAAGCUCCCACUGAACCCACAUUGGACCUUACCUAGGGGGAACGGAAAGGCUAAACCGCCACCAUCUGGUGCAUGUGUUUUGAGACGCUGUAGAGGGACUUUGUGUGGAGUAACCGUGGCGUUACCAGCUGGUCCCCAGAUGUAAAUCUACAGUCCAGAAUUCACCUUUCGGUACAGGCGCUGACUUGUAAUUUUCCCCAGGGUGCUCCACCUCCACUCUGCUCCUCCCCUCGAGAUCCCACCCUCGCUCCUCCUCUUCCAGCCCCCGCUCCAACCCCUCCCCCGAGGCCCCCGCCUGCUCACGGCUCUCUGCCCUCCCACUAGUGCCUCCCCCAGCCUCAGAACAGCUGAUCGGCAGUGACGCUUGAGCCCCAGAGCACCAUAAUCGGUGCCUAUGCCUUUAGGGCUGACCCAAAGCCCAAUGACAUCAGUAGGAAAAACUCCCAUUGACUCAAUGGGCUUAGGAUUGGGGCAUUUCUUCUGGUUGAUCCUGGUGUCUGAAAAGCUCCUAGGGAGAGUGCUAAUGCAGCUAUUUGGCCUGGUUAUCAGGCCUCCUUCUCCUUGGUGGAGAUCACUGGGUUUGACCGACAUUUGCUUGAGAGCAGCGCCCUCUAUCUGGGCCAUAUCGAGGCUUGGGGUAGAUAGGACCACUUCCACCAUCAUCAGGCAAAACUCCCAGGUGCUUUAGUGUCUCUAGGUUCAGUGAUACUCAGAUUUCAGUGGUUCAGGAGCCAAAUUAGCCAUCAGCAGAACCCAAAAGAGCCCCAGGAGUGUGAAUUCAUUGUUUCAUUUACAAUUUUUAUAUCUAUAUAAUUAUUCUCACAGCAAAAUGGCUGACCAAGUAGUCUACAGUUGGUUAAUAACAUAGUAAAAGCCUCCUGAUUGGUUAAUAAUUAAAUCACCCAGAGUUUUAAUAUCAUGCGCUACAAAGAGCCGCGGGAAACGCAGUAAAAAGCCACUUGCGGCUCCCCAGCCUCAGUCUGAGUGUCACUGCUCUAGUAGGUAGGAAUCUGCACUGGGACUCGAGAGCUGGCCUCCUGUCCCGGCUCUGCCACUGACCUGCUGUGUGACCUUGAGCAAGUCACGUCCUCUCUUUGCGCUUCUGUUUCCUCUCCCACCCUUUGGCCUUCUUUUCUGUUUAGACUGUAAGUGCCUUGGGGCAGGGAGCCUAUCUCACUAUUACCUUUAUGCAGUGCCUCGCACGAUGGGGCCCUGAUCUUGACUAAGGCUCCUAAGCACUGCUGUCAGACCAAGAACGAUAACUAGCUAAAGGCCCGUACUGUCACAGGGGUAAGUCGGAAAUUUGUGUGUAUCAAAAAGCUGAAAAUGGCUGAGGGCUUCAAACUUGGAGGGUAACAGACUGCGAAUCCAAGUGCUGAUUGGACUUGGUGCUAGUCUAAACACAAAGAGCUCUCAGCCAGGCUGGUGGCUGGUCUCAUCACUGACUCAGCAGGGAUUCUGCACUUGAGAGGGACACCCAGACAGAUUGAGAGCCCUGCAAUCUUUUUCUGUAGCUAAUUAGUUGUCCCUGACUACUCUAGGUCUGGAUUUGGGCUUUGAGAAGGCCCAGAAGAGAUGCCUGUAAAGAAAGAUCAUAGACAUGGAGCUGAGUGACAGUUUAGAAUUUACAGACACGAUUUCCCUUUGUCCAUUUCUUGUUUUAUUUAUAAAUGUCCUCUGAACUCUAUGGUCCCAGGGAUCCCUUAAUAGCAGUAAAUGGGCUCAUAGCACUGCCCUGGGACAGGGUUUCAAUUUAAUAUGUGGGCUGGCUGGCUUUUAUUCCACUAAAUCAGGGAGUUUCAACCUUUUUUCAUUUGCAGACCCCUAAAAAAUUUUGAAUGGAGGUGUGGACUCCUUUGGAGAACUCUGACAUAGUCUGCGGACCCUCAGGGGCCUGUGGGCCACAGGUUGAAACCCACUGCCCUAAAUUAACUCUAGGGAUGAAAUGACCAGCCGGCUGCAUUUGUUACUGGAAACUAAGUCUGGACUGAGGACUCACGCUGGUUGUUUUGGAUCCCUGACUUGCCCCAGUCCCUUUAGCUGCUUCAUAGGCAAUGCAGAAAAUAUUAACUGGUCUUUUCUGAACCCAGACGUUCUGGGCCAAAUUCACUGAAGUGGGUACAAAGCCACUGAAACCCAUAGAGUUGCACCAGUAUAAACGUGGUGUACGGGAGAUCUGGAUCAGGUCUCAUGUAACUUAGGCUUGGCUUGUCUGUUGUGAAAAGGUUCUAUCCACUGUAAUGUUACGAGUGGCCACAGUCCCUAAUGGGCUUAAGUAAACCUCACGAUGAGUUAUGCUAUGUAAAUAUAUCGUAUUGUGCCAGUCUGGCAUGCAACAGCACCCUGCAGCAUAACACCCGCUCCCCGACCCCCGAGCCAAGGACAGGAAAUCCAGUUCCCACCCCUGCCUGCUUUCACUAUUUGACCAUAACCAAACCCCCUCCUUUAAGAAGGGGAAGAUCAAACACAGGGUAUCCAGAUCUGAGCAAUAUAACAUGCCAUGGCUGAAGCUGUACAAACUCUUAUGUUCCACUGUUCUCCCAGGACAGGGCACCAAACAAUGACCAGGGUGUGCAGAGGGGAAAAAACUUGCUUGUUGCUGUGAGGAGGAAGAAAGGGGUGGAGUGGGGAAGAGGAGGGAGAAAUGUGGGUGACCAACUGCAUGGGAAGGAGGAAGAAUGAACUGGCCCUUUAAAUUUUAAACAGAUCCCUGUAGGGUUUUCCCUCCCUAGUUGUGUAAGGGUGGAUUUAUUUUCCAUGCUCUGCUUUGCAUUGUUCUGCUCCCCAGACAGAAAAGAACAACAAAUCCUGAAUCCGACUGCAGACCCUGCUUCCAUAGUCCCGUCCUCUGGGAUAGUUUUCUCUCUGUUGUUUUUUCCCAGCUGCUAGGCGCUUUCUUCUUCUUUUUUAAAUAAAAACCAGUGGCAGGAUUUUACUUUCUGCUAGUAAUAUCUCAUCCUGCCUGAUGAUGAGCUGGAAAGAUCUGGAGAGCUUCAGAUAGACCCAGACUAGAGUUAAGGUCUGCACCACGAAGUUCUCAUCUGGAGGGUAAGAAGAAAUCCAGCGCCUGAUCCAAAACCCUUUGAAAUAAAUAGGAAUCUUUACACUGAAUUUAAUAGGCUUUGGAUCAGGCCCAUAUGGAACAAUGAGAUGCAUUAUGGGGAUUGUAACCUUCCUCUGAAGCAUCUGGUCGGAGAUGGUGUACCAGCUUAGAUGGGUCUGCCCGUGAUGGAGAUGGGCCCAAGCCGCACACUUCAAACCCUGUCCAUUUGGGUUUCAGAAUAGCAGCCGUGUUAGUCUGUAUCCGCAAAAAGAACAGGAGUACUUGUGGCACCUUAGAGACUGAGGCCACGUCUACACUACCCGCCGAAUCGGUGGGUAGUGAUCGAUCUAGCAGGGAUCGAUUUAUCGCGUCUAGUGUAGACAUGAUAAAUCGAUCCCCGAUCACUCUGCUGUCGACUCCGGAACUCCACCAGGGUGAGAGGCGGAAGCGGAGUCGACAGGGGAGCAGUGGCCGUCGAUCCCGCCCUGCGAGGACGCGAAGUAAGUGAUUCUAAGUCGAUCUAAGAUACGUCGACUUCAGCUACUCUAUUCUUGUAUCUUAGCUCGAUCCCCCCUCCAGUGUAGACCAGGCCUAACAAAUUUAUUUGAGCAUACGCUUCCGUGGGCUACAGCCCACUUCAUGGGAUGAAUAGAAUGGAACAUAUAGUAAGAAAAUAUAUAUAUACAUACAGAGAAGGUGGAAGUUGCCAUACAAACUGUAAGAGGCUAAUUAAUUAAGAUGAGCUAUUAUAUAUGUAUACAUACAGAGAAGGUGGAAGUUGCCAUACAAACUGUAAGAGGCUAAUUAAUUAAGAUGAGCUAUUAAUACAUAUAUAUACAUACAGAGAAGGUGGAAGUUGCCAUACAAACUGUAAGAGGCUAAUUAAUUAAGAUGAGCUAUUAAUAGGCUAAUUAAGAUGAGCUAUUAAUAGGCUAAUUAAUUAAGAUGAGCUAUUAAUAGCUCAUCUUAAUUAAUUAGCCUCUUACAGUUUGUAUGGCAACUUCCACCUUCUCUGUAUGUGUGUGUGUAUAUAUAUAUAUAUAUAUAUCUAUAUAUAUCUAUAUAUAUAUAUCUAUAUAUCUUCUUACUACAUGUUCCAUUCUAUGCAUCCGAUGAAGUGGGCUGUAGCCCACGAAAGCUUAUGCUCAAAUAAAUGGGUUAGUCUCUAAGGUGCCAAAGUCCUCCUGUUCUUUUUGUCCAUUUGGGCUCAUCUCUGCUUCGGCAAGGUGAUGGUCCCGUACCCCUAGCAACUGUAGGUGCUGCCCUCUUUUCCUUGCCAGGCCUGAUAGUACUGCUGCUUUUGACAAGGGCAUCAUCACCGCCUGAGACGGACAGACGCCGGUCGCUCACGACGUUCUGUGCUCUCCCUGCCCCACCUUGGGAAGCACUUGCAGCUAGUGGGGUGUGGUUUGGAUCAUGCGUCUUUGAUCAGUGCAUCCCUUGUGUCGAUGGUGAGCUGUCCAGUGCACGUGCCUUGCAUGUAUUGACCGUCCGGUGACUCUGGGUCGUGCUUGGUGGCGUUGCUAGCACCGUGCUACUGUCAGGGCCCUGUUUUACCACCUCCCUCUCAGACGUAAGUUUGUAGCAUUGAGAUGAAGAUAAACUAUUGUAUUGUCCUUUCAGAAUUCCUAAUGGAAAUAAAAUGGAGAUUCCUGUA